CUUGACCUAAACAAUUACAUGACUUCGUCCAGCAUGAUGUCUCUAUCUGAUUGUAUUAUCUUACGUGGUAGAUGACUAUAUAUUAAAACUGAAAUUAUACUCCGCAUUAGAUGUUAAAAAGUUUGAAAAUUUUAUUUAGUCACAAGAUUAGAUGGGAACCUCAAUGUUAGACUAGUGAACAUUACCUUACUUCCAAUCCAAGCACAAAGGGCUUUCCCUCAUAAUUCAAUCAGUAGUAGUGUGACCACUAACCAAUUCCCACUUCAGAUUUUACUUUUCCUUUCCGAUCCCAUUAUUUGAAUAAGUUCAUUGAUUCAACAUAUAUGUUCAAGAACCAAUUAGUACUUUCUCCCCCAUUUUUCCCUCCCGAUCAUCUUUUCUCUCUUUUCCGACAACACUAUAGUACCAUGCUUCUUUCCAUUCUACUCCUUACUCUUAACCUACACUUAGUGUUCUCCUCUCAUUGCACAACAACUAGUAACACGAAAACCUUCGAAAAAUGCAUGUCAUUGCCCUCCCAAGAUGCUUCCCUCGCUUGGACAUUUCAUGCACACAACUCCACACUCGAUUUAGUCUUUUUCGGUACGUUCAUUUCGCCGUCCGGUUGGGUAGGGUUCGGAAUAAACCCUACCUCCCCGGAAAUGACUGGAACCCGUGCCCUAAUCGCCUUUCCGGACCCUAAUUCCGGCCAAAUAGUCCUCCUACCCUACAUCCUAGACCCAACCGUCAAGCUACAAAAGAACCCGCUACUCUCGCAGCCGCUCGACAUCCACCUCCUCACCUCUUCCGCGGCCCUCUAUGGCGGCAGAAUGGCCACCGUACACGACGGUGCAAACAUCCAAAUCCACGCAACCAUAAAACUCACACAAAAUAAAACCCUAAUUAACUUUGUUUGGAACCGCGGACUUUACGUCCAAGGUUACUCCCCAACCAUCCAUCCCACCACCGAGAACGAUCUUUCGUCAACCUCCACCGUCAAUAUCCUGUCCGGAUUCGCAUCCAACGGCCACGAAACCGCCUACACGCUCAAGAUCAUCCACGGCAUCUUAAACGCCAUUUCAUGGGGGAUUUUGCUACCGAUCGGGGCGAUAACCGCCCGUUACCUUCGUCACAUCCAGUCGCUAGGGCCCGUUUGGUUCUACGCGCACGCUGGAAUCCAGCUCUUCGGUAUCUUCAUUGGAACCGUGGGAUUCGCCAUUGGGAUUCGGCUCGGGCAGUUGUCUCCCGGAAAAGUUUACGGCCUUCACCGGAAACUCGGGUUCGCCGUGUUUUGUUUAGGUUGGCUUCAGACACUUGCUCUUUUAUUCCGGCCAAAGACUACCCACAAGUUUAGGAGGUAUUGGAAAUCUUACCAUCAUUUUGUUGGGUACGCAUGCGUGGUGAUCGGAGUGGUGAAUGUUUUUCAAGGGUUUGAGAUCAUGGGAGAAGGAAGAUCUCUCGCUAAGUUGGUGUAUUGUUUAGGUUUGUCAACGUUGGUUGGUGUUUGUAUAGCGUUGGAAGUGAAUUCUUGGGUCAUUUUCUGUAGGAAAUCCAAAGAGGACAAAUUAAGGAGAGAAGGGUUCAUUAGUGGGUGUUCUGAUAAAGCUAGUGAUUCAAGCAGAGGUAAAAUUAUCAGUUAACAAAAUUUAUUUUGUGAGGAUUGUAAUUUGAUCAUAUAUGCUUUCAAGUUUUGUUUUUUUUUUUUUAGUAAUGAACGUGUUUGUGAUCUAGCGCUUUCAUUAGUUUGAAAAGCUGUAAACUUUGUAAUAAUUACUUUUUGUUUAAUCCCACACUUCCAUUGAACAAGCAACAAAAUAUACUCCUUGCUAGUGCUAUUCCAAAAAAAAUUUGUUAUAAUGGUUGGACUUCGGAGUUCAAAGAUAAUUUUGGUGGUAUGACACCUAUUCUUUGAUGUCUGAAAUAAAUGUAUUUAUUUCGCUUAUUACGUACCCAUAUAUUUAUUUCGCUUAUUACGUACCCAU